UCUCUCUCUGUUCAAUAAAUGCUAGUCUGCAUUGUGAGAAUCCGCAAUUAAUUCUUCUCCUUAUUCGCCUAUUUCUUAUAUCAAUUGUGCGUAAAUUGUAAAACCUCAGAAUAAGAAAUCUCUGCAUUAACUCCCUCAAUUUUUUUGGGACAACUUUUACUUUCAAUGAUGAUUCAAUUCUUCCUAUGCUCAAUCGUGUCAGUAUUUAUUGCAAGAACCAGCUUGAAACUUGCUGAUUCUUGUCCUUCCCCUUCAGACCCACUUACCCAUUAAUUUCCCCUCUUUCAAUUUUAGUUGAUUGAGAUAACGUUUCCCUUUCGCAUGGCUUUCCUCCUCCUCUCUCUGUAAUUCGCUCUGAAAAUUUGCAAGGGAAGGAUCUAGGUUCUUUCUUUCACUCUGGUCACAAGAGGGUGGUGUCCCUCUGAUUUUGAAAGUUGUGAGAUGGGAAGAGCGCCUUGUUGCGAUAAGGGGCUAAAGAAAGGGCCGUGGACAUCAGAAGAAGAUGAGCUUCUUAUCAAUUAUAUCAAGCAAAACAAUGGCCAUGGAAGCUGGAGAUCGCUCCCCAAGCUUGCAGGUCUUCAACGAUGUGGGAAGAGCUGCCGUUUGAGGUGGACAAACUAUCUAAGACCUGAUAUCAAACGUGGCCCCUUUACCACCGAGGAAGAGAAGCUUGUUAUUCAGCUCCAUGGAAUUCUCGGAAACAGGUGGGCUGCUAUUGCUUCUCAACUACCGGGAAGAACAGAUAACGAAAUCAAGAACUUAUGGAACACCCACCUCAAGAAACGUCUUCUUUGCACUGGCAUUGACCCUCAGACACAUGAACCCUUCAACUCUCGCAGCUCCUUCUCUACAGCACCGGCAUCACCGAGCACCCGCCACAUGGCACAGUGGGAGAGUGCUCGGCUCGAAGCCGAAGCUCGACUUUCAAAGGAAUCAUCACUCUUCACCCUCCUCCCCACGGAAAGAACAACUGAUUCUGACUUUUUUCUUCAAAUAUGGAACUCUGAAGUUGGUGAAUCAUUUCGUAGGUGCAGGGAAGACAAAACAACAUGCCAAAGCCAAAGUCCCAUAUCCUCAUCAACUAAAUACGACUCGGUUUUCGUCAUCGCUACCGACAACGGAGUCGAUUACACCGGUGGUUCCUCAACCAUGUACAGCAAUAAUGAAAAUGAAGAAACGGAAUACAAAAACUUCAAACCAAUGGCUGACAUUCUGAUGUCGAAGUCUGAUUCAUCGAGUGUGAACGAGUUCGAGGAGUCAUCAGACAGUGCAUUAGAACUGCUUCUGGACUUCCCCAUUAACAAUGACAUGAGCUUCUUGGAAGAAAACAACGCAUAGCAUCUGCAGUAGAGAGAUAGCAAAGCUUAUGAUGAUUUGAAGUUGUUUGUAUGGUAGGUUAGGUCCCAAAGUUUUGUGGAUUGUUGUUACCAAAACUAAACCAUUUUUCUUUGUUUUUGUGCUUUGAAAUGGAAGCUGUGAUGAAAGAAAGCGAUUCCUAUCG